GACGCUCUCCAUCAUUUCCAAGAUCCCAGUGUAGGAGAACCAGCAAAGGCAGAUAGAACAGAACGAAUGGGUAGGUUUCCUUUACUCCCCCCUUAAGACCAGAACGAACCCUCGCUUGGACUAUUCGCUCUUCUUUGGCCAAUGUGCAUGCACCGUCGUACUCGGACGCAAAGGCUUUGCACGGCUAGCUAAUGGCAGCUCGUCGGGCCUAGCCGUGGCCUUACGUUGGUCCCUCGGCUCGAAAGCCGUCGCGGGUCAGUCUACGCUUCACUUCGACAUUUUCACCUCAGAAUAUGACAUACGCGUCUCUCAGCUCCACCCCCGACGGCUCGCCGAACGUAAGCCUGGUGGACCUUGUCCAAUUUGGCCACGGAACCGUGGGAGUACCACUACCCAACUGCCUCUGGGAAGCAACAUGUUGAACUCGCCCUGCUUGUUCAUCUGACACAAAGGACAGAUGGUACCCAAAAGUUAAGGUGAAGGUGCGCGUGUGUGUGGGGUGGCCGUGUAGAGCGCACCCAUUCCUGAUCAUCUUUCUCAGUGGGAUGGCUCUGAACCACAAGAAGCAGUAAUGAUGGAGGUCUCUGUGGCAAUCAACACUGCAACCAUGAAGCAGCUAAAAGGGUAGGGUCAACCUACCUGACCAUCGACACCCCCACCCCCCCCAGCCCAGGCCACCUUCAAGAGUCCUCUACUGUAGCCACCCUGCUGACUAUCGGAAGACAAAGAUGGUGUGCGUUGCAGAGACUGUGGUGGAUGUCUGACAGAAGUACCUCUGAGGUGUGAGCGCAAAUCCAGUUGAGCAAUGAAUGGCGGAAAGGAGUGUGAGGCGGGUGAUGAGAAGCAGGCCGUCGCUGUCCAAGUCCCCAUUGGCUGGCAGCGCAAGAGGGGGGAGCAUGGCGGCAUCCUAUAUGUCAGUCCCAGUGGCUCGGUGCUCUCCAGUUUAGAUCAGGUGAAGAACUACCUUCUAACAGAUGGAACCUGCAAAUGUGGUCUGGAAUGCCCACUCAUCCUCCACAAGGUGUUCAACUUUGACCCGGGAGCAAUGGUCAAGCAGAGGACAGCAGAGGAUGUGAAAUCAGACGAGGAUGUCACCAAACUUUGCAUUCACAAGAGGAAGCUGCUGGCUGUGGCUACGCUGCACAAGAGUAUGGAGAGUCAUCCUCCCCUCACUCUAACAAGUCCUGUUGGAGGUACAUCGUCUGUGGUUGUGUCGCAUUCAGCAAAUCAUCGAGCAAUAAGGACGAAAGCCCAAGAUGUUCUGCCCACUGCUGCCAGCUCAGACUGCAAGAAUCCUUACAAGAUGGUGAUGGCAGCUGGCCACCAGCAGCAGAUGUUUCCACCUCAGGAGAUCAGUGGAGGCCAGCAGCCAGAGCUCUGUGUUGGGUACUCCAGGCCACAGAGGUUGCCCAGCAGUGAUCCUGGCCCCAAAUCCCCUUACCGGGUUGGCUAUGGAGGAAUGUUGAGCCCACCCAUCUCGAGCACGAAACAUUGUGGAGAUGGCUCACAGUCACCUUGUACAGACACUCUGGCUAGCCCAGAGGGCUUUCAAAGAACCAAUCCUUGUGCUGGCAGUCCCAGCUCGGCUUCCAUCCAUGGCAACUCCAGAAUGCCUCGGUCUCCACCUAGCAUGAUACUCCACGGCUCUCCUGCAAGCCAAGCAGCCUGUGCCAUGACAAGAAGGACUAGCACACCACUCUCACCGAUAGCCACUGCCAAAAGCCCCGUCAUGAACAAUAUUCCACGUGUAAACUUCCCCUAUGGUAUGGAGAUACCCGGCGGAGCCUUCCAUCAUAAAGCACAGCCUCCUGUGCACCACGUACCGCCACCUCCUCCUUCUGUGCCACCCUCCUGUGUCCUUCAAAAAAGACAACUGAUAUCUGAAAAAGACCCCCUGGGUAUCCUGGACCCUAUCCCGAGCAAGCCUAUGAGUCAGCCCCCAGCCAACACCCCAAACUUCCAGCAUAACAUCCACACUCAGGUAUCAAUGAUGAAUGUAAACAUACCCCCUCCUGCCAUUGUCCCCUUGCCAAGUAACUUACCUUUGCCCACGGUAAAGCCUGGGCCCGUGGGCCACAGUGGCCAAGUUCCAAGGACUCAACAGAGUGGUCCAGCUUCCUCCAUGUCGCCAUCCCCGGUCACCUCCCCAGCUCACAUGACAGGUUCCGCCCUUGGACGAGUGGAAGCUUCACCACAUCGCUCACGCUCUUCUUCAACCUCUUCUGACCAUGGGAACUUUGCAAUGCCAUCAGGGCAUCAGGCUCCAUGUGGCAACUUGAAGGUCCCCCCUCGGUCCCCCAGGUCGGCCAUGGGCUCUCCCAGGCCAGCAAUGUCCUCCAGCCCCUCCACCAACAAAACUGACUCAAUCCACCAGUUCAGAGAUCCUCAGCUGCUUUCGUCAGUUGGCACACUUCAGCACAACCACGCCACAUACUCGCCCACCUCCUCCUCCUCCUCCUCUUCUUCCUCUUUGCCCACACCCAGCGCUUCCCAGAGGGGCCAGACAGGACUGCUGAGGAUGCCUCUAAAUCAGAUUCUCAACCAACAGAAUGCUGCCUCCUUCCCAGCCAGCAGUCUCCUGUCAGCAGCAGCCAAAGCACAGCUAGCACAUCAAAACAAACACAGCACUAUUGGUGCGGCUGCUGCUGGUCUAGCAGGUGCUGGAGCAAACGGAGGGGGCGGUGGCCACCCUGGAUCAAUGAGCGGUCACCCCAGCAUGGAAGGACACAGCACUUUAAACUCUAUGCUCCCGCCAAACUUCACCAUGCUGCUCAACUGCCCUGAGGGUCAAAGCGGCCGAGCAGCUCUCCGAGACAAAUUGAUGGCUCAGCAGAGGGACCCCGUACGCAAACGAAAGCAAUCAUCAGGUAGCACAUCUGUCAACCAUGACGGCAACACCAACAACAUGGUCUAUAACGUGUUGAACAAACCGAGCAUGGGAGCCCAACCAAUGGCAGCUCCCAGUGCAGAGCAGAUGCGAAAGGUCAGCCGUCUUGGAAAUCUGCCACCAAACACCUCCAUGGCCCAACUCCUCCAGUCAAUGAGCAGCCAGAGCUCCCACAACAGCCACCACCUAACCCCAACCCGUCUCAGCCCAGGACCUUCUCCUCAAGGAGGUACUCAGCUCCACUACAAUGACUCCACAUCCAAGGUUCCUGGUGACCCCCAGCAGAAGCUCAUGAGCCAACAGAGACUGAGGGUCCAAGUCGAUGGCAUGCAGCGUUGUCCAAACAUGGACACUGCAGGAGGUCACUUGGGCUCGCGGCCAGGCCAGUUCCCUGACAUGAUGGCCCAAAUGAAGUCUUCUACCUUGAAUAACUGCGCUCCUCGGGGUCCCACUAGUGGACUAGUUGGCCCCGAUGGCAUGCCCCUCGGACAUCCACAUACUACUCCCCCACCACUAUCUCAUUCUGGGCCUCACCCCUCGCAGCACAACCUCCAUCAUAGUGUAGGGCAGACGAACAUGGUGGUCAUGCCAGGUGGAGAUGGAAGUUGUAUGAAGAACAAGUCUGACACAGGAAGCCCCUCUUCCCUUGGCCUGCGACCUCACGUCAACACUGGCAGAGGACGGCUUUACAAGCAGGAGGUCAUGCAGCAGGGCGGGGCCUCCCUUCCCACCUACCAGAUUCAGCAGCACUUCUCUGACAACCCACCUUACGCCGACGGCAGCAAUGCUAACGUCGACUCCAUGGUUUGCCUCUACCAGAAUUACCAGCAGGGGAUGAUGCCACGCACCCAGUUUAGCGAGGGGCCGCCACACCCAGGUGAUGGCUUACGAGCUGGAACCCCCGAUUCUGAGAGGGCCCCUGGCAGAGGCUCGGAAUCUGUGGAUGCCAUCUACAGGGCUGUGGUGGACGCCGCCAGUAAGGGGAUGCAAGUAACCAUCACCACAACAGUAAGUGGGACCACACAGGCAAGCCCCGUGCCUGCCGUCAGCGCCAUGAGUGCCUUCACUGCCUCCAUUGGGCAGCCUGUCAACCUCCCCCAGGUGGUCAGUGCGGUUGUGCACGGGGAAGGGGAGGUUUUACCACAGCAAGCCAGAACCCGGCAGGUGAGGCCAACGGAAAUUCAAAAGAACGUGGAUGCAGGAAAGAGCACUCCAGAAGCCAACGACUACUUUCGCUCACCUGGCCAUGGAACUCCGAGAGGACAGUGGGAUGGGGAAAUUCAUUACGGUGGCGGCAUCGAUGCACAUGGCAAUAGCGGUGUCUGGGGUGGGGAGGAGUUCCUGGAGUGCUCCACCCAGGUUAGGAGUAGCCCCUGCAUGGAGCGGCCCACCCCACCCUGCUCCACCAAUGGUUCCGGUGACCACAGUGUGGCCUUGGCUCAUGGCAAGACCUUUCUUGACGAUAGCUACCGCUUCAACAACUGCAGCCGGACACCCUCGAACUACAACGAGCGUCUCGAGCAGACUGUGGAACGUUGCACUCACAUUAAUGGCACUACCCCGCUCUUCAACAGCCGGGGUUAUGGGGAAGUGCUCGGACCCCCUCGGCAGGAACUAACAGCUGAUGACCAGUCUCCCAGCUCGUCUACGAGCCUUGAUGGACCUCUAGCCAGCGCCAAAGACUACAGCCACUACAACGGCCACUUCAACGGGAUGGCGCCCAGCCCCUCGGAUACCAAGAGUCUGAGCAGCGAGGAAGACCUGCGGCAGCCGGACUCUCCUUCCUCAGAGCUGCUUCACUACCGUUCCAGGACCUUCAACAUGGGAGAGCUGGUGUGGGGCCAGCUGAAGGGCUUCCCCUCUUGGCCAGCCAAGCUGGCCGGGGAUGAACAGUUGCACAGUGCCGCCAUGCAACUGCGAGAUCAGGCCCAGGUUGAGCCCGAGAAGCUGAAAACGUUAACACACGACUUGGAGGCGCUUGACCGGGCUGCCAAAAGAGGCUUGAAGCCGGGGAAACUGAAUAAUCAUUUGGAAGCUGCUAUCCACGAGGCCAUGAGCGAGCUAGACAAAAUGUCAGGCACGAUCCCGUCAAGAGAUCGACAAGUGAAGAUGCCCAAGCCCAAGCGGAGGAAGAUCUCCAGAUAGCAAUGAAUGUGUCAUCAUCCUCAUCCUCAUCCUCCUCCUCCUCCUCCUCCUCGCUGCCGUCUGAGCUGUCCCAGGUGCUACACAUUGACGCUGCGUGUUGCCUCGCUGUGCCGCGACGUCAUCCAUAGACUUGACUUGCUGACUUUUGAGGUGCUUGAACGUCCAAUCACCAUUUUUACUGUUGUAAAAAAGAAAGAAAUGGAGCGAACCCGUCAAAAAGGUUGCAAUUUGUCUACAGCUUACUGAAGUAACUAUUUUUUUCUAGUAUAAGACAUUAAAAAGACAAAAAAAACAAAAGCUAUGAGCAUUACCUUACAUAUUUAAGACAAAUAGACAGUCCAAAUAUUUCUGAUACAUUUUCAUGAUGUAAAUAGGCAAUCCUGAAAUGUCAUAUUAUUAAGAAAUGUAUGUAAAUAUUGUAAGAUGUAAUGUACGAGCGUACCUAAUGCACAUUUUAUUUUUUGUUGUACAAAAACAAAGAAGAAGUGUACCAAUGUCUUGGUUUCUAUUCAGACGUGCGUUUGCACCGGACCGCACGCGCGCGAUAAUUACACAAACGGCUUUUAUAUGACAAGCACUACGACCGCUGCUCUGAGUUUGUUUUUGUACAUCGGCCGUGGACAACGUUCUGCUACUUCAUACCAGAAAGUGUUCAUGAAAAAAAAACAAAACUACAGAAUGAACUUUACCAGCAGAAAGUGUUCAGCCUUUCGCAAGCGCGAAUGUUGCAAAAUCUACUUCUCAAAGCAGAAUCAUCAUGAUCAUAAUGGAUCCUCAUUGUGACCUUUCUUGCACUUGCGAAGUUUCAUGACUUGAAAAUUUGGGGAAUUUGCUUUGAUGUUUGCGGUCAUAAUGAUUUUCUCCACUACAAAUUGCAUUUUUACUUUUUUUUAUUUUUUGUGUGAAUUGUUCCAUGUUGUCCAAACACUUGCCGUUGGUUUUCCCCGACGUUAACGAUGAUCAAAAUUAACACUCGAGUGGUGAGAGAUUCUCCCAUUUUGGGGCAUUGUAUUGAGUUUUCUUCAGUUGGCUUGUUGUAAAUUAUUUCUGUACAGCUCUUCAUAUUUAUUUUAAGCUUUACGAAUACCCUAGAUGAGAUGGCAAUAACACUACCAAGAGUUAAAAACUCAAGCCUUAUAUGUGUAUAUGUAUGUUUUGUUUUAACAGAAGACUACAUCACGUAUUCAUUCAUAAGGCCCCAUGUUUUAUUUAAGAAGUGAGCUUAACAGAAGACACUUUGUCACCAAGGCUGCUUGUUUUUGUUCCAUCAUGUUUUUAUUUAUGAAAAUGCUUAUGUGAGAGAGAAGGAGGAUGCUGUCUAUGUUGAUAAUAAAUGUCGUUUUACACUA